AUGCGGAUUGGUGUCGCACUAAGAUCGGAUGGUGUAGCCACCUUUGGAGAGGGUACGAAAGUGGGCAGCAGCGGCAGGGGAAAUAGGGACAAGGGAGGAAAGCAUGGAGGCAGCGGUAGCAGCAGUGACACCAACUCGGGCAGAUGGGGUCAAGGGAAAGGUAAAGCGGGAGUGCUUGACUUCCCCUGGGGGUCCAAGGGCAUGGCUCCUCGGGGGUUGUGUCGUGGCUGUUGGGAUGAGGGACAUGCAUGGCAGCGAUGUCCUCAUCGACCUAAAGGAGGCAUUCCGGCAUUCUUAAAGCGGGGGGGUCGUGGGUCCAGCGGCAAGGCACAGGUGGCGGAUGAGGAGGAGCAGGAUGACAAGGCAGAGGCAGUGGUUGGAGAGGCAGUUGCAGCAGUGGGAGAGGAGCAGCCGCGAGAGAGGUGGUGGAUUGACAGUGGGGCCAGCCACAACUUUACUCUUUACACGUCAGACUUCAAAAGUAAGCUUCAGCCACCAGAGGUUCAGGGAGUUAGAUUGGGAGAUGGACGGGUGGUGAAAGCUGUUGGCAUGGGUGAGGUGCCAGUGGUUGGUGCUGGAGUGCGCACACCGUCAGUGGGAGGAGCGGUGUAUGUCCUCAGUCUCAUUGACGACUUCACCAGACGAGUUUGUUCGUUCCCCCUCCCCAACAAGGAAUCGGCCACAGUUGCAAAAGUCCUUCGCCAGUGGCAUAAGGACGUGGAGUUGGAGUGUGGGCGGAAGCUGAAGGCUAUUCGCUCGGACAGGGGUGGCGAGUUCUUGGGGGAAGCUGUAAAAGCAUGGAAGGUGGAGUUUGGCACUAAAACUCAGUUGAGCGUCGCUGAUAUACCGCAGCAGAAUGGGGUCGUGGAGAGGUGGCACAGGACGAUGGCAGAGGGGAUUCGCACAUUGUUGGUCGACAGUGGUCUCCCUGCUCGCUUGUGGGGUGAAGCAUUGAUGUGGGUUGUGUGGGUUAAGAACAGGGUCACCCACAGUGCUCUCCCUGCCUCCAUCACACCAAUGGAGGCGUGGUCCGGCCAGAAGCCGCACGUGGGCAUGGCUCGGAUUUGGGGUUGCAUGGGGAGUGUCAUGCUGCAUGGGCAUGAGAAGGGUGGCAAGCUUGAUGCACGGGCUGUCAUGUGUGUCUGUGUUUGGGUGGACAUGGAGAGCAAGGCAGCCCACCCCUCUGCAGCAGCUCAGUGGCACCUCGGUCAUUCAGCGGAGAUCCGCUACACAGGCUACUUCCUCUUCCUCCUCCUCUGGUCAGCGCUCUGUCCCUCUCUAUGGGUGCCCCUACGUCACCAGACCUCCCCACCACCUGUUACGGGUUUGCAGGUGCUUGGUAUCCAGUCUGGUACAGGUGGUGAGGAGGUAGGGGGGGAUGCUGGUGUGGUUGAGGGCAUGCUGUGUUUGGCCAGGGAGGUGGAGGGUGUUGCACUAGCAGGUGUGAGCACCGGUGAUGUCCCACGCACACUCGUUGAGGCCCUGCGUGGCCCUGAGGGCCCUGCGUGGAAGGCAGGCGCUGAGAAGGAGGUGAAUGCAAUGCGCACUAUGGGUGUUAAGGAGGUGCUUGCUCAGAGGUACCAGAUGAAGGAUCUAGGUGAGGUAUCCAUGUACCUUGGUGUGGAGGUUUGCAGGUCGGUCAAGGAUGGGUGGUUGGAGAUUGGUCAGGAGAAGUAUGUUCGUGGUCUCCAGGGAAGGUUUGGUGAUCUGCUGAAGGAGACCCAUAGGGUGCAUACUCCAAUGUCACCCAAUGAUCUCUCUAAGAUCAGGAAUGGUACUUGGUCGACUGAGGAAGGUGCUGCAGCUGAUGUCAAGGUGUACUAG